GCAGCCCAAUUACGUGUCGAGCCUAGAAUACCAUAAAGCGGUUCAAGAAACAGGACAGCAUAAACUGAUAAACCUCCUGAGCAAGGCCACACCGCGUAACUAUUCGGAACGACGACAAACCCUAAUACCAUAUAAACGGAAUUUCGACCAUGGAUAUUGAGGAGGAUAUCAAAGCUUUGCAGCUUGAUUCGGCUGCAGAAGAUAGUGUAGUGGCUGAAGAUAUGAAACUUGAGGAAGUGGAAAAACCUGAUAUGGUGGAAGACCCGGCACACGCAAAUUUCAAACCAGCACAAGUUGAACUGAAUGAUGUCACAGAAGUGAGAGAAAAGGAACGGUCAGCUCCUGAGGAAUUUGAAGAUGAGGUGGAGGGCAAUAAAAAGAGGCACUUGAAUGUUGUUUUCAUUGGUCAUGUUGACGCUGGCAAGUCCACAACUGGAGGACAAAUAUUAUUUCUCAGUGGUCAAGUCGAUGAUCGAACCAUCCAGAAGUACGAGAAAGAAGCAAAAGAUAAAAGUAGAGAGAGUUGGUACAUGGCUUACAUUAUGGAUACAAAUGAAGAGGAGAGGACUAAGGGAAAAACAGUUGAAGUUGGAAGAGCUCACUUUGAAACAGAAACUACAAGAUUUACAAUUUUGGAUGCCCCGGGUCACAAAAGUUACGUGCCUAACAUGAUCAGUGGUGCAUCACAAGCUGAUAUAGGUGUCCUAGUAAUUUCUGCUCGGAAGGGAGAAUUUGAAACUGGAUACGAGAGAGGUGGACAGACACGUGAACACGUCCAACUUGCAAAAACUUUGGGAGUCUCAAAGUUGCUAGUUGUUGUGAACAAAAUGGAUGAUCCUACUGUGAACUGGUCAAAAGAAAGAUAUGAUGAGAUUGAGUCAAAAAUGAUACCAUUUCUUAGGUCUUCGGGUUAUAAUGUGAAGAAAGAUGUUCUGUUUCUUCCAAUAUCUGGGCUUAUGGGGACAAAUAUGAAAACAAGAUUGGACAAAAGUGUUUGUUCGUGGUGGAAUGGUCCAUGUCUUUUUGAAGCUCUCGAUGCCAUUGAAGUUCCUAUUCGGGAUCCAAAAGGUCCAUUUAGGCUGCCUAUUAUUGAUAAAUUCAAGGACAUGGGAACUGUUGUUAUGGGCAAAGUUGAAUCCGGUAGUAUUUGCGAAGGUGACUCCGUGCUUAUCAUGCCAAAUAAGGCCCAGGUGAAAGUUCUUGCUAUUUUCUGUGAUGAAGAUAGAGUCAGGCUUGCAGGUCCUGGUGAAAACUUGCGAGUCAGAGUAUCUGGGAUCGAGGAAGAGGAUAUCUUAACCGGUUUCGUUCUGUCUAGCAUCUCACAACCGAUAGCGGCUGUUUCCGAGUUUGUCGCCCAGUUGCAGAUUCUAGAGUUGCUUGAUAAUGCUAUCUUUACUGCUGGGUAUAAGGCUGUUUUACACAUCCAUGCGGUUGUUGAGGAAUGUGAGAUUGUUGAGUUGCAGCAGCAGAUUGAUCCAAAAACAAAAAAGCCUAUGAAAAAGAAGCCUCUCUUUGUCAAAAAUGGUGCAGUAGUUGUAUGCCGCAUUCAGGUAACUAACUUGAUAUGUGUUGAGAACUUCUCUGAUUUUCCACAGCUAGGACGAUUCACUCUUCGUACUGAAGGGAAAACCGUUGCUGUGGGUAAAGUAACUGGUCUUCCUACUGCAAGGGAUGGCAUAUAAACAGUUUUAGCAUUAGAGGUAAGUUGAGCCAACAAUGAAGAUCUAUCGACUCUUCCAAGCAGCAGAAGGGUGUUUGCAACUAGUGGCAGAUUGAUUUUGAUAUAAAAUUUUACCUUUUCUGUUGCACAUUAUUUGAGGUGUCCGUGAGUUUUGAUGAUACACGUAAGUUAAUAGCUUUGUCGAGAUUUUUCCUCAAUGGUAUCAAAGUACUCCUCAUUUCAAAUCCAGGUGGUUAUAUUUAUUGUAAAAUCAUUACAUUUAUGAAGUCAUUUGGUGAACAAGACUAUUAAAUUAUCUUAUUUGUUGAUGUAAUAUUUUGAUGAUAGAAAAUUCUGCA